AUGAUGGAAUACGGAAGAACGCGCAAAGGGCCGCUGCCUGGAGGUCGCCAGGGCGCGUCUGGAGCUGGCGCUGGACGCGACAGCAUGCGAACCGCCAGCCGAGCGCGAGGUGCUGCACGACCACCCAGCAGCCCCUCGCAUUCAUCAUCCCCACCAGCUGGUUUGGUGUCGGCAGGGUCUUCGCGGGCCCAGCAAUCGGCACCCGCCACUGGUGGAGUACGCCGCAUGCGUUGGACAACCCAGAUGAACAGCAACGCAUUGCGGGCGUAUUUUAGGGCGAAAGGGGGAGAAACUGGAGGUUUUGCGUAUCGGGCAAGGAUGCAUCGACUUUUUGCUGAGCUGGAGCCAUCUGUAACCGUCACCGAGCAAAACCUGGCAGACCGAGUUCGGUAUACCUUGCGCUCAAAUACAUUUGAUGUCACCGAACUCGAACGGCUACGACGUGAGGCUGUUCCUUCAUCGGGUGAAAAUGCUGCGGCUGAGGAUGCGGCGCCACAACUUGCUGAGCAAACGGCAAAUGUGGAUGCCGCCGUGAAUACGCCAGUUGUGGUUGAUUCAAACGAUGACGGAACAGUCGCCCAGGAACUGGAACUAGAGCAAAUGAGGAGUACAUUGGAGGAGGCGAUUGUGGAAACGCGCAGUACGCCUCUCGAAAAUCGACCGCGACUUCCCCGCUUAGCCCUAAGCAAGCGGAAUCGGGCUGUCGUGAGGGCUCUGAACCUAAUGCUGGUUACCUACUUGGAAGCCAGCCGGGACCUUUGCGAGAAGGACUGA